CGGGAGCCCCGGCCUCGCCCGCCCGAGCCAACUUGGGAGCGACUCGGGCCCGCCCCGAAGGGGUUAAUGCUUUGCGCGUGUUGCCGAGCGGCUUAUAAGGAGGGGGCGGCCCAGCCUGCGCCUUACCGGGAGCCUUUUGGGGUUCAUUCUCUUCCCUUCUAACUUGAUCAAGAAUGACCCAGAAGAAAUUAAAGCUUUGCUCCAGAGCCGUGUACACCCAAGUGCCUGACGGAGGAUGGGGCUGGGCGGUUGCCGUGGCUUUCUUCUUCAUCGAGGUCUUUACCUAUGGCAUCAUCAAGACGUUUGGCGUCUUCUUUAAUGACUUGAUGGACAGUUUUGAUGAGUCCAAUAGCAGGAUCUCGUGGAUCAUAUCCAUAUGUGUGUUUGUCUUAACAUUCACAGCGCCCUUGGCCACGGUCCUGAGCAACCGCUUCGGACACCGCCCGGUGGUGAUGGCAGGAGGGCUGCUCGUCAGUGCCGGGAUGGUGGCCGCCUCCUUCUCGCGAGAGGUUUCCCACAUGUAUGUCGCCAUCGGCCUCGUCUCUGGCCUGGGAUACUGCUUCAGUUUUCUCCCAACCGUCACCAUCCUGUCACAGUACUUCAGCAAAAGACGCUCCAUGGUCACUGCAGCGGCUUCCACGGGAGAAUGCUUCGCCGUGUUUGCUUUCGCACCAGCCAUCAUGGCCCUGAAGGAGAACGUUGGCUGGAGGUACAGCCUCCUCUCUGUGGGCCUCCUCCAGCUGAACAUUGUCCUCUUCGGGGCGCUGCUGAGACCCAUGGUCAUCAGACCGCCAGGGUCACCCAAGGCCCUCGCGCCGGAGAGCCGGAAGGAAGCGCAGUACAUGCUCGAGAACGAGAGGACACGGACCUCGCUGGACUCCAUUGACUCGGGAGUGGAGCUCACUACCUCACCCAAGAACGUGCCCAGCCACACCAGCGCCGAGCUGGAGCUGAAGGCGGACGCGCAGCAGGGCCUGGCGAAAGCCGGCCGCAAGCCCAGGGAGAAGGUCCCGCUGCUGGACUUCUCCAUCUUGAGAGAGGAGAGCUUCAUCUGUUACGCCCUGUUCGGUCUCUUUGCAACCCUGGGGUUCUUCGCGCCAUCUCUGUACAUCAUUCCCCUGGGCAUCAGCCUGGGGGUCGACCGGGACCGCGCCGCUUUUCUGUUGUCGACCAUGGCCAUCGCCGAGGUUUUUGGAAGAAUCGGAGCCGGCUUCGUCCUCAACCGAGAGCCCAUUCGCAAGAUUUACAUCGAGCUCAUCUGUGUCAUCUUGGUGACCGUGUCUCUGUUCGCCUUUACUUUUGCCACUGAAUUCUGGGGUCUCAUGUCGUGCAGCAUAUUCUUUGGGCUCAUGGUUGGAACGGUCGGCGGCACCCACAUCCCGCUGCUGGCUGAAGACGACGUCGUGGGAAUCGAGAAGAUGCCGUCGGCAGCCGGGGUCUACGUCUUCAUCCAGAGCGUAGCGGGGCUGGCUGGGCCACCCCUUGCAGGGUUGCUGGUGGACCAAAGCAAGAUCUACAGCAGGGCCUUCUACUCCUGUGCAGCCGGCAUGGCCCUGGCGGCCGUGUGCCUGGCCCUGGUGAGGCCGUGUAGGCAGGGACUGUGCCGGCCUCGUCCUUCGGCCGGAACACCGGCGGCGGGCCACCGCGGGAAGGCGCUGCAGGACGUCCCUGAAGACUUUCUGGAGAUGGAUCUUGCGAAAGGCGAGCACAGGGUCCAGGUGCAGAUGGAGCUGGCAUGA